AUGGAAGCUCCAAAGACUGCUUCUGAGGAGCCCACCAAGCUCGACUCUACCCAGGCUACCGAGAUCCCUCCCAAGGAAGAUGUCAGACAAAUCGUCGAAAAUUGGCAGAAAGCCGCAGAUGGCCUUUUCUCAGCCUGGUCAUCCUGUCCGAAGCAGCAGAUUGAANGAGAGUCGUUCUCAAAGUUGCAUGAGGACAUUGCCCGCUGGACCUCUGAAAAACUCAAAGCUUCUGCCACUCUCAAGGAGCUGGAGUGGUUGGUUGAGACAAUGAACGAAGCCAAGUCUGAAGACUGA